GUGAGAGCUUUGCAGACGACGUCGGUUUUCCGUGAACCGAAACGCUGGUUGCCUUAAGUCAACAUAAUUUUAUUGCAAAAAGAGACCCCAGGUUCAUAGAACAUGGUACUUAUUCUUGAUGGCCAUACCUAUCAUAGUGAUUCUGGCCCUCGUGAAGGUUCUCGAGAAAGCACAGAGAAAAGAAACGAUCCAGCAUGUUGAAGUGGCACCCUUUGAACUUAGGCUAAACCUAAAAACCAAUGGAAUAUCACUGUCAGCAGAAACACUGUCAUGACCAUCUGUGAGCAGUUAGCUACCAUACCUAUACAGAUUUUUCCUUUAAACCGAUGUGUUGGACUUCCUGUUACAACUUGAUGAAUUACUUUGGUUGUAGUCUUAAUGCUGCCUUAGGAUCACCCCAGAUGUGACAUGAAAAAAUACUACAAAUCAUAAAUAUAGUAAAACUAUUACACAACGAUUUUACGACGCCUGCGCCGUUUUGAAAAUGAAGAGCGAUCGAUUUGGAGUCGCUGCAUUGUUGAAAACUGUUUUCUCUUAGCAGUAGGCAAGAAGACAGAGGAUUGUUGUAGGAAGCAGUAUUCUAACUGACAACAACAAGUGUCUGAUGGAUUCCUUGUAUUUAUCACCACCUGAAAUGGAUAACGGAAAUGUCACGGGAACUGCAAACAUCAUCGAUAGAGAACCUGUUUUUAGGACCAUCAUGACGCACACGUUUAACGACACUUUACAGUUUAACGACAUAUUCAAUACGUCGUGGGGACGUUUCUUGAUACCUUGUGAAAGUUGGCGUGAGCCACAACACAUUCUUUUCCAGUUGGCUUACGGUUGCUUCUUCAUUUCAUGCCUGGCACCAGAUCACUCUGUAGGCAUUGUCAUCAUGCACGCCGCUCUUUUAGUAGGUGGUUUGUUGUAUUCUACUUGGGCCUGGAAUAUGCUCUGUGCUCCUGACAUAUUUUCUUGGACCUUUGGUUUUGUAUUCCUUAAUUUUUGCCAACUGAUGUACGAUCUCUAUCGUAUACGGCCUGUGCGUCUCGACCCAGAAGUAGAGGCCCUUUUUGCGCUUCUCUUCCAACCUCUUGGGAUUAGUCGAAUGACAUUCAAGAAGUUGGUGAGCCAAGAAUAUGCUGAGAUCUCUACCCUAUAUCCUGGGGAUUUUUAUGCUCUUCAAAAUCUUACACGCAUUGAUCGACUAUCCAUCAUGCUUUCCGGAAAGGUGCAAGUGGUAUCCGAUGGAACAAUACUACACACCAUAGACGCAAACGAAUUUCUUGAUUCUCCGGAAUUUGAAUCUAGUCGUGCUUCUAUCGAAGACAAAUUUCGGGUAUCAAUUGCUGCCACUGGAACGUGUCGUUACAUCAGUUGGCAGAGAUCAACCCUCGAGUACCUUUUCGUCAAAGAAACAACUUUGGCAAAUGUUUUUUGCGUUCUCGUCGCUAGAGACGUGAUUAACAAAGUCUUUGCCAUGAACAAAAAGUUAGCAGUUCAGAGAGGCCAUCUGUUAGAUAUCCGUCUGCCGGGAAUCGCCAAUUGUAGUUACGAUUUGUCUCGAGAAACAUCAUCAAAUGCAUCAUCAGAUUUAAGCCCCUCAUUGAAACUCCAGCAGAAUGGGGGUUUGCCCAUUUGCGUAUUCUCUCCAAUUAAUCGGGCAAAGAAUUCUGAAACUGAAUUCCACUGAAUGUGGUCGAUUUUACGAAAGAUUUCCAUCUGGUUUUUUAAAUCUCGUUACCAAGAUUGAUUAUUGACUGUCAAGAAGAGCGGGUUGGAGCGGUUUUCGACGAAAAAUUUAUCAUGGCGAAGGAAAACGAAUGCCAAACGUCCACAAACAGAUCUUAUAAGCAUCAAGCCUAAAAUCAACAACAGUUAAGUUGUUAAAAUAACUUUUCUUCUUGGUCUCAUUCUCGUAUAACAGCUAAGGGUUAAAGCAAAGUUUUAUUCACAUUUUCUACAAAAACUCUUUUUCUUGUGUCAUCAAGUUCAUGAAACCUUCGCAUAACGUUCGAAAUUUUGCACGAAAAUAAUGGGCAAAGGAAAUGCCAACGUCUUCUGUUUUGUAAUCAGCUGGUCAACAGCUGUUGAGAGACCUGCAGCAUUUUCAAUUGUUAUUCAUUCAAAUUCCAACUUAAAUGAACAAUAUAUUAUUGAACUAG